GUUCUUUUUCCGCCAGGGCCCAAUCGCCUUUGAGGACAUGGCUGUCCAUUUCUCCCUGGAGGAGUGGGCUCUCCUGAAUCCGGGUCAGAAAGCCUUGCACAUACAGAUCAUGGAGGAGAUUCAUGGGAUGGUGGACUCUCUUGCAGAUAACCAGAACACCAAACACAAGAAGCAUUUGGGACACAAUGGGGGCCUUCCUAGACACCAGCAAAACCACAGAGAAGAUGGAGGUUCUGCCAGAGAAAGGCCCUACAAGUGCAAUGUAUGUGGUCAGUGUUUUACCCAAAAUAGGGGACUUAUACUUCACAAGACACUCAGUGCUGGGAAAAGCCAUUGUAAAUGGAAAGUAUCAGCAAAAUGUAUUGCUGAUUACAAACCGCCAGAUCUAAGCCAAGAAGAAAUCUUUCAAGGAACUGAGGAUUUCCUAAGCCAGGAGUGUGGGAAAUCUUUUAUCCAGAGUGCAGCCCUGGUGAGACACAAAAGACUCCACACAGGAGAGAAGUCAUACCAAUGCAAGGAAUGUGGAACAUGUUUUGCCCGCAGUUCAAACUUGGCAAGGCACAAAAGACUCCACACAGGAGAGAAGCGAUACCAAUGUCAGGAGUGUGGGAAAUGUUUUGCUUACAGUUCACAAUUGCUGAGCCACAAAAGACUCCACACAGGAGAGAAGCCAUACCAAUGCCAGGUGUGUGGAAUAUGUUUUGCUUUCAGUUCACAAUUGGUGAGCCACAAAAGACUCCAUACAGGAGAGACGCCAUACCAUUGCCAGGAGUGUGGGGAAAGUUUUGCUUACAGAUCAGUCUUGGUGAGCCACAAAAGACUCCACACAGGAGAGAAGCCAUACCAAUGCAAGGAAUGUGGAAAAUGUUUUGCUCGCAGUUCAAACUUGGCGAGGCACAAAAGACUCCAUACAGGAGAGAAGCCAUACCAAUGCCAGGAGUGUGGGAAAUAUUUUGCUUACAGUUCACAAUUGCUGAGCCACAAAAGACUCCAUACAGGAGAGAAGCCAUACCAUUGCGAGGGGUGUGGGGAAAGAUUUGCUUACAGUUCAGACUUGGUGAGCCACAAAAGACUCCACAAAGGAGAGAAGCCAUACCUGUGCCAGGAAUGUGGUAAAUGUUUCUCUGAGAAUUCUGACUUGGUGAAACACAAAAGACUCCACACAGGAGAGAAGCCAUACCAAUGCCAGGAGUGUGGGAAAUGCUUUGCUUACAGUUCAACCUUGGUUAGCCACAAAAGACUCCACACAGGAGAGAAGCCAUACCAAUGCCAGGAGUGUGGUAAAUGUUUUGCUGAGAGUUCAGCCUUGGUGAGCCACAAAAGAGUUCACACAGGAGAGAAGCCAUACCAAUGCCAGGAGUGUGGGAAAUGUUUUGCUUACAGUUCAACCUUGGUGAGUCACAAAAGACUCCACACAGGAGAAAAGCCAUACCAAUGCCAGGAGUGUGGAAAAUGUUUUGUUAAGAGUUCAGAUUUGGUGAAGCACAAAAGACUCCACACAGGAGAGAAGCCAUACCAAUGCCAGGAGUGUGGGAAAUGCUUUGCUUACAGUUCAACCUUGGUUAGCCACAAAAGACUCCACACAGGAGAGAAGCCAUACCAAUGCCAGGAGUGUGGUAAAUGUUUUGCUGAGAGUUCAGCCUUGGUGAGUCACAAAAGAGUUCACACAGGAGAGAAGCCAUACCAAUGCCAGGAGUGUGGGAAAUAUUUUGCUUACAGUUCAACCUUGGUGAGUCACAAAAGACUCCACACAGGAGAGAAGCCAUACCAAUGCCAGGAGUGUGGAAAAUGUUUUGUUGAGAGUUCAGAUUUGGUGAAGCACAAAAGACUCCACACAGGAAAGAAGCCAUACCAAUGCUAGGAGUGUGGGAAAUCCUAUGCCUACAGUACAACCUUGGUGAGCCACAAAAGACUCCACACAGGAGAGAAGCCAUACCAAUGCCAGGAAUGUGGUAAAUGUUUUGCUGAGAGUUCCGCUUUGGUGAAGCAUAAAAGACUCCACACAGGAGAGAAACCAUACCAAUGCCAGGAGUGUGGGAAAUGCUUUGCUUGCAGUUCAACCUUGGUGAGCCACAAAAGACUCCACACAGGCGAGAAGCCAUACCAAUGUCAGGAUUGUGGGAAGUGUUUUGCUUGGAGUUCAGACUUGGUAAAGCACAAAAGACUUCACACAGGAGAGAAGCCAUACCAAUGCCUGGAGUGUGGGAAAUGUUUUGCUUGCAGUUCCUAUUUGUUGAGCCACAAAAGACUGCACACAGGAGAGAAGCCAUACUAAUGCCCGGAAUGUGGAAAAUGUUUUGCUUGCAGCUCCUAUUUGUUGAGUCACAAAAGACUCCACACAGGAGAGAAGCCAUACCAAUGCCAGGAGUGUGAGAAGUGUUUUCCUUGGAAGUUAUCACCUGUGAAACACCAGAGCAUCUAUACACGAAAGAAACCGUACAAAUGCCAGGAUUGUGGGCAAUGUUUUACUCAGAAUUCAUCCCUUGUAAGCCACCGGAGAACUCAUACAAGACAAUCUGCCCCAGAUUGUGGGAAAUGUUUUGGUUACAGCUCAGACUUGGUGAGGCACAAAAGACUCCACACAGGAGAGAAGCCAUACCAAUGCCUGGAGUGUGGUAAACGCAAAUAUAAUCCUUUUUUUAGGGUGAAAAAGCUCCACUUGUCUUAUACUUGGGUGAGGGUCCUGGCGGGAAGGCUAAACAUAUCCAGCUCUUUAAGCUGUUCCUCAUAGGGAUUGUUCUCCGGACAUUGAUAAUUUUAGUCGCCCGCCUCUGGACAAAUUCCAGUUUGUCAAUAUCUCCCUUCAGCUGCCGUGCCCAGAAUUGAACACAGUAUUCCAGGUGUGGUCGGACCAAGGCAGAAUAGUCAUUCCAUGUUAUGUGUUCAAGCAAAUUGAACAUGACUUUGAGGACAAUUAUGCAAUGCAUCAUUUGUGAGCAAACCGUGUCAUAUUAAAUAAAUCAUGGCACCAGGCACAAGUUCAGAUGAAAACUUUGUUGUAUUUUAAUUCACCAUAG